GGCGCGGUUGCGUCACACGUCGGCGCGCGGGCGGAGGAGGCAGUGCGGCCUGACGGGUCCGGAGCCGGAGGCAGCGGGGACCCGAACCGAACCGAACCCACCCGACAUGGCAGCGGGCGCAGGUCUGCCGGUGCCGUGUCUCGGAGGGUCCGCGAUCUCUCCCCAUCAUCCCCGCACGGCGGCUGGGCGGCCCUGCUUCCCCUGAAGCCUCGGCGGCACCGGAGCGGCUGCAGCGCGGGACCCCCGCACCAAGGAUGCGGGAGGGGGAACCGAGACACACUGCAGUCAGAAAAACAGGAUGAUGGAUUCAAAAGGUUCUGCCCCCAGGAGCCCCACAGAAUACCUGAGCACUGAGCUGUUGGCCACUGCUGGUAAACAUUACCUGUGUGGCUACUGCGCUGCCUUCACCAACAUCGCCGUCACCUUCCCCAUCCAGAAGGUGCUGUUCCGGCAGCAGCUCUACGGGCUGAGAACCAAGGAUGCUGUGCUGCAGCUGCAGAGGGAUGGCCUCCGCAACCUCUACCGCGGCAUCCUGCCCCCCCUGCUGCAGAAAACCACCACCCUGGCUCUCAUGUUUGGCCUCUACGAGGAUUUCUCCUCCCUGCUCCAUGGCCACAUCAGCGCCCCGGAGCUGGUGACGCGCAGCAUGGCGGCAGUGCUGGCGGGGACCACUGAAGCUCUCCUCACGCCCUUCGAGCGUGUCCAGACUCUGCUGCAGGACUACAAACACCACAAUAAAUUUACAAACACUUACCAGGCUUUCAAGGUGCUGAAAGUCUACGGGCUGAGAGAGUAUUACCGGGGAUUAGUGCCCAUUCUGCUCCGAAAUGGGCCCAGUAACGCGCUCUUCUUCGGCCUGCGGGGACCUAUCAAGCAGUGUCUGCCUGAAGCAACUUCUUACAGCACUCAUCUGAUCAAUGACUUCAUCUGUGGGGGGCUGCUGGGUGCCAUGCUGGGGUUCUUGUUUUUCCCAGUGAAUGUUGUAAAAACUCACAUGCAAGCUCAAAUUGGGGGCGAGUUCCAGUCCUUCUCCAAAGUCUUUGUUAAGAUCUGGCUGGAGCGGGACCGGAAGCUGAUGCACCUCUUCAGAGGAGCCCACCUGAAUUACCACCGCUCAGUCUUGUCCUGGGGCAUCAUCAAUGCCACCUACGAGUUCCUGCUGAAGCUCUGAAGACCCCUGCCCUCCCUCAGCUGCACUGUGCUGGGGGUGCUGGCACACGGGCUGUUGCUGCUCUCGGCCUUCAAUAUUUAUGGAGUGUAUGGUGAUGCAUCUAAAUCAUGGUGCAAUUAAAACAAACUUUAAAAAAAUAUUUAUUUGCUGGCAGGUGAGUUUACCCAUAUGGAGCUACUAGACAAAGACAGGGUUUGCAAUUAAAAAAAAAAACAAAACCAACAAGCCAAACAAACUUGUGUUAGUCCAGCAGCUUGUUCUCUAUCACUCCCUAAAUUUGUUAACGCUCCGUGAUGGAAUGUGCUCUGCUGUCCACUGUGUAGAACAUGAAAAUUGAGGGGCUGAUGAAAAUUUAUUUCCUUGCCUGUCAGACUUCAAUAUCUUGGUUUAAAAAACAGAUUUUCAGAUGUUUUAGAGUCCUAGGUACCUCUUUAUCAUUUAAAGCUAGAAGGACAGAUCCAGAUGAGGAUGACUGAAGUUUAGAGCUUCAAGCUUAAACUAGGCCCAUGCAGACUUCUGUCAGCUGCUGCUGUGCUUGGCUUUAAGGUGAACGUUGGUUCAGCAGCAAGAGGGUGGUGGCUGAGUGUUGAACUGGGUUCACAGCGGGGUCUCUGUGUGUGUGUGUGUUCGUGUGUGCCUUCCUGUGGAAAAGGGAAGUGUGGAAGGAAUGAGACGAAAAAUGUACUAAAGCUUUAAAGUGUCCUUCCUUGUUAAGAAACCUGCUUGCAAACAUGGAGUUUGUUCUGCCUUUUUUUUGUUUUUUUCAUGUUUUGGUUUUUUCAUUGCACUGCUGCUUUUUCUGUUGCUCAGAGCUGUGGGGCCAGAAAGGAGCUGGGCCCUCCCUGCAGUGCUUGCAGUGCUUCUGCAGUAGUUCUGGUUCCCACCAUGGUGGGAGCACUUCACCAGCACAGCUCUCCUGCAUUAUCUUGUCGUUUGAAAGUUAUUUCUGUCCCCUCAGGGUUGUGGAAUGGUGGAUCACAACAAGGUUCUUCUGCCUGAAAUGGGGGAGUUCUGCUUACUUGAUGUGUUCUCUGAGCAGCUCUGUCUGACAGAGUUGUCCAGCAGCAGUGACAGCACGAGGUUUCUGGGUUACUGUCCACUGCAGUGGAGGUCUGAAGCACAGCUGAGAGAGCAGCCAAAGGUGACCUUAGAAUCAGCUGGGUGGGGAGGAUAGAGUGUCUGGAGGCAUGUGGGAAGACUUCCAUGGGUGAGUACUGAAAAAAGACAGGAGAGUGAAAUACGGUGUGUCUGGGGUGUUAGCAGGCACAAGGCUUUGGGCCUUACAGACAGGGAGAGAGGGGCAAAUGUGACCAUAAACCAGGUGAGGGUCUUAACCAUAAGCACUUCAUUUUCCUGGGGGACUUUAAUGGAGCCACGUACAUAAAAGUAUUUUGGAUUAUUCUGGGGCAGGAAAGCUUUAGAAAUUGGUAUUUGCCUGAGUUACAGAGUGGCUAUUUCUUUUUUUUUUUUUUAAAGAGCUUUCCAUUUGUUACAACUCUUCUCAAAUACUGAUUCUAAUCUGUGUUGAAAACAACCUAGUUCCCUACCUUCCCAGUCAAAAAAGGCCAGGCACGUGUGUAUUCUUGUAUCUGAAUGUUGUGAUUAUCUGCAUUAAAUAAAAUGUUUACUGAAUGUUUGUUACUGGCAGUAUCUUGAUUUUUACCAGUGUACCGUUUUGUUUUUUGUUUGUUUUUUUUGUCUUGUUUUUUUGUAAUCACUUCUUGAUGGAAUAAAAAAAGAAAAAUUGCAUCCUA